AUGUCUCUGUCCAAGAUUUCUGGAUUGAUCCUCGGAUCCGCUGCCUUGGUGGCUGGCCACGGUUACGUGAGCGGAAUCGUCGUUGACGAUACCUACUACGGUGGAUACAUCGUCACCGAGUACCCUUACGAGAGUGACCCUCCCGAGCUCAUUGCCUGGUCGGAGCAAGAGACCGAUCUGGGCUACAUUGAUGGUUCUGAGUACGCCAACUCUAACAUCAUCUGUCACAAAGAAGCCCAGCCAGGUGCUUUGGAGGCACCUGUGAAGGCUGGUGGCUCCGUCGAGCUCCAGUGGACCACUUGGCCUACCAGCCACCACGGCCCUGUCAUUACCUACAUGGCCAACUGUAACGGCGAAUGUGACGACGUUGACAAGACUACUUUGGAGUUCUUCAAGAUUGACCAGGGUGGUUUGAUCAGCGACACCACUGAGCCCGGUACCUGGGCAACUGACAAGCUCAUCGCCAACAACAACAGCCGUACUGUCACCGUCCCCAGCGACAUCGCCAAUGGAAACUACGUCCUCCGUCACGAGAUCAUCGCCCUCCACUCCGCCGAGGAGACCAACGGCGCCCAGAACUACCCCCAGUGUAUCAACUUGAAGGUCACUGGCGGCGGUAGUGCCACUCCUUCCGGUACCCUGGGUACCGCCCUGUACAAGAACACCGACCCCGGUAUCCUGAUCAACAUUUACACCUCCCUGAGCACCUACGAUAUCCCCGGCCCAACCCUGUACACCGCUGGUGCCGCCGCGGCCACCGCUGCCUCCACCGCCGCUUCUUCCACCGCUGCUGCCGUUACUACUGCCGCUGCCGUUACUACUGCCAAUGCUGUCACUACCGCCGCUGCCGUCACCAGCAGCCCUGCAUCCGUGGAGGUUGUGCCCACAACCACUCCCAGCUCAUCAAUCGUCAGUGCCUUCCCAACCUGGAGCCCCUCUUCCACCCCACCCUUCUCCAACUCUUCCAAUGGAUGGCGUCCGUCUUUCAGCCGCGGACCUGGUGGUCCCCGCUUCACAUCUGCUCCUACUCCUCAAUUCUCCGCUCCUAGCGGCGCUCAGCAGAAGCAGUCUGCCACUGCUACCCCCACUGUUGCUACCCCCGUCGUGAUCACCAUGACCGAGACCAGCACCUCCUGGGUCACCGAAAUGGUUACUCUUACUGACAAGUCUGUUGUGCAGACUACCAGCGCUGUCCCAGUUGUCGUCGCUGUUACCACCACCAUCACCGAGGGAAGCGAGCCUGUCCAGACAGUCUCUCCCAGCGUUGUCUCCGGCUCUUCCAGCUCUGGCUCUAGCUCCGAGUCUUCUGGUUCCUCCAGCUCUGGCUCCUCAUCCACCACCUCAAAGACCUCCGGUGAAUCGGACUACGUCUCCAGCGACUGGAUGUCCUACCUCAGCUCCCUGAGCGCCGCUGAGGUUCUCCAGCUGCUGCGCCAGACCUUCCGGUGGAUGGUCAGCAAUGACAAGGUGCACGCCCGCGAUAUUACCAUCAACUAG